UUCAAAGUUCCUUUGUUUUGAGAAGAAACACGUCUUGGAGAGCUCGCGAGAGGAGUGAAGUUGUGGUGCAGCAGAUUUGUUGAUGGUGAUCCAUCAUGGCGAGCCUGAAGCUGUAUAACUCGCUGUCUCGAGCGAAGGAUGAUUUCAAACCUCUGGAGGGGCGGAAAGUCAAGUGGUACAUGUGUGGGCCGACUGUCUACGAUGUUGCUCAUAUGGGUCAUGCCCGUUCCUACAUGUCGUUUGAUAUCGUCCGACGUGUCCUGGCUGAUUACUUCGGAUACAACAUCGUGUACGCCAUGAACAUCACCGACAUAGACGAUAAAAUCAUAGUGCGCGCUCGCCGUAAUUUUCUCGUGGAGCAGUAUGUUGAGCAGAAACCCAGCACUGCUCAGCUGAUCAGCGAUGUGUCCGACGCUCUCGCCCCAUUCACUACGAAAGUGGAGAAGGAGACCGAUAAUGACAAGCGAGCUAUGCUACAGCGGCUGCUUACUGAGGCUACUACUUCUCUGGAGGCGCUGAAAAAGGCUGUUGAGAAUGGCAGUGCCAAUGAGGCUAUGUGUGAUGCAUUGGUAACACGAGCACGUGAUCCACUCGGAGCAUGGCUAGAUUUUCACAAAGGUGGCAGCGUAACUGAUCAUAGCAUUUUCGCCAAGCUGACACAGCAUGUGGAGAGACUGUUCCACGCUGAUAUGCAAGCGCUCAACAUCCUCCCGGCCGAUUUCCUAACCCGAGUCAGCGAGUAUGUGCCAGAGGUGGUCGAAUUUAUCCAGCGAAUCAUUGCCAACGAGUUCGCGUACGAAGCCGAUGGAUCUGUAUAUUUCGAUGUCAAAAAGUUCGACGAAGACCCUAACCAUACGUACGCUAAGUUAGUACCUGAGGCAGUCGGAGACCGUGCCGCUCUUGCCGAGGGUGAGGGUGAACUCAGCGCCGCAACGGGAAAGCGCUCUGAUCGGGACUUCGCUUUGUGGAAAUCGUCGAAGCCUGGCGAGCCCUCUUGGGACUCACCUUGGGGACAGGGACGUCCUGGCUGGCACAUUGAGUGCUCCGUCAUGUGCUCUGACAUUCUUGGAGAGAAGGUCGACAUUCACAGUGGUGGAGUUGACCUGAAAUUCCCACAUCAUGAUAACGAGAUUGCACAGUCAGAGGCGUGCUUUGGCCAUGAUUCGUGGAUCCAGUACUUCCUGCACGCUGGCCAUCUCACAAUCGAGGGAUGCAAGAUGUCCAAAUCAUUGAAGAACUUCAUAACAAUCCAGGAAGCACUGUCUCGAUACUCUAGCCGUCAGCUGCGUCUUGCCUUCCUUACGCAUUCUUGGCAAGCCACGCUCGACUACAGCGAGAACGUCAUGAGUGAAGCCAAGCAGCUGGAGAGCUUCUUCGACAACUUCUUCCACUACGUCCGGGACUUGAUGCAGCGCCAGUCUGCUGAAGUGCGCUGGUGCGUGCCCAAGCCCACGGCAGCAGAGAAGGAGUUGCACGAGAAGUUCAUCGAGAAGCAGUCGGCUAUUCAUGACGCUCUGUGCGACUCAAUCAAUACUGCUGCAGCCAUGCAGAUCCUGCGUGAGAUUGUUUCCCUUGUCAAUGUGUACACUCAGAAUGCCAAAGCCGCAGUCGACUCGCAACUGAUCAAGAAAAUCGAGACGUACGUCAGUAAGAUACUCGCCACGUUUGGUUUGCCAGAGCCGAAGGACGACGUUUCGCAGGCGGGAAAAAGUGUCGUGUACGCUUUGUCCGAUUUCCGCGAUACUGUUCGUGCUACUGCUCGUGAAGCGAAACAAGUGGGUCUUCUUGAAGCCUGCGAUGCUUUGCGCAACGAUAUCCUUCCUGAGCUGGGAAUCAGUCUGGAAGACAGGCCUGAUGGUCCUGCUCUCGUGAAGUUUGUCGACAAGGAAGUCCUUCUGGAAGAACGCCGGAAAGAGCUGGAGUUGCUGGAGGAGAAGCGACGGAAGAAAGCCGAGGCUCAGCGCAAAGCACAGGAGUUGCAAGCUGCCAAGGACGCAAAGAAGCGCAUACCGCCCUCUGAGAUGUUCCGCAAAGACCCGAAAUUCACGCAGUUCGACGAGCAGGGCGUCCCGACACACGAGCGGGACGAAAAGGGCGAGGAGAAACCUGUGAGUGGAAAGCAGAAGAAGAAGUUGCAAAAGCUAUAUGAUGCGCAAGCUGCGAUAUACCAGCCAGAAAGCUAACUACUUACGUUGCACUGGACGGUAUUCCGAGACUUAUUCUUAUUUUCUAUUCCAUUUUUACCUCAUCCCAAUCAUAAUAAAUAAUUAUUAUAAUGACAAAAUAACCAUAUGCAUGUUCAUGAAAUCAAUUUGUAAAUAUUACUAGAUAAUGAAAAGCCCGUUCGAUUAACUUACUUGAUGGCGAUGUGCUGAUUUCUACAAUAGACCUGCAGGGAAUAUCACACCAAUCAGACCAAAGAAAUGCUUCUGCAUGGUUUUGUAUGCCCAAGGCCCUGUGUACAUACCACCUCUCUUCUUUUCUUCUUGUAUCGCGAAUAUCGCGACUUCAUGUCUUUGUUGACUGCAUACUGGACUAUCCCCAUUUGGACUUCUUUUCAGAAUUUGUUUUCCAAUCCAAGAUUUUAGUUUCACUAGAUGCUACUCUGGCAUGGCUGUAGUCCACCAGGCACUUCAUGCUACCAGCAGAUCUACAUGUACUUGA